AUACUACUUACCUUUGUGGGACAUUUGUUUCAAAUGGUCGGAUGAGCAUUCCUUAGGAAAGUAAAAUCAACUAGUUGAUUUCAGACGGGUGGUUUAUAGGAUACCUGUGUAAAAUGAAUGUUGGUGAGGAAAUACCAGCUAGGUGUCUUGGUGAGACAGGAGCUCUCAGUUUCAAAAAACCUACUGAACAAGAUCUAAAAGAUACCCAAGAACUAGAAGCUAGCCUGGCACAGCUUAAUAUUUUUGAAACCCCAGAAGAGAUAUCACAGAGGCGUGAAGCUCUUGUCAGGCUACAAGAGAUUUCUAAUGCUUGGAUUCAUCAAAAGGCACUUGAACAGAACUUUCCUCUGCAUGUGGCCAACUCUACGACUGGAAAAAUUUUCACUUUCGGUUCAUACCGUUUAGGUGUCAAUUUCAGAGGUGCAGAUAUUGACUCCUUACUGGUUGUCCCACGGUUUAUAACACGCGAAGAGUUUUUUAGUGAUUUUCAGACUGUAUUAGGAGAAAAUCCUAAUGUUGAAGAUUUGCAUGCUGUUGUCGAUGCUUUUGUUCCAGUGCUAAAAAUGAGAUUCAUGGGAGUUGAAAUUGAUCUUUUAUUUGCACAAAUUGAUCAAAUGUCGAUAGCAGAAAAUUUCAGUCUUUGUGAAAACACAGAGGUGCUUAUGCGAAAUAUGGAUGAACGUGAUGUACGAAGUAUUAAUGGUGUUCGUGUAACCGAAGACAUCCUCAAUCUUGUGUACAAUAAAAAUUCUUUCAAAGUAGCACUUAAGGUGAUACGAAUUUGGGCUAAACGCCGAAAUAUUUAUUCAAAUGCAUUGGGAUUUCUUGGUGGUGUUUCUUGGGCAAUCCUAGUUUCUCGAAUAUGUCAACUUUAUCCUUAUGCUACACCAUCUAUGAUUGUUUACCUAUUCUUCACCAUAUUUAGUCAAUGGCCUUGGCCAAAACCAGUUAGACUACGGGAGUCCGAGUAUAUCGCCAGUUUGUGUUUACCUGUUUGGGAUCCAAGGUUAAACCCUCCAGAUCAAUACCACCUCAUGCCGAUAUUGACCCCUAGUUACCCAUCCCAGAAUUCCACGUACAACGUACAGCGAAGUAAUCGGAUUAUUAUUGAAAGGGAAUUGAAGCAUGGUUUGAAUAUUGUCAGAGAAUCAAUGAUGCACAAACGUUCCUGGUCAGAUUUAUUCGAAGCAGCCUUCUUCUUUCAGUAUAGACACUAUGUUGUUGUCAUUGUUGUUGGAAAUGUUAAGCACACCUUCAUUGAAUUAUGCGGUCUUGUUGAGUCAAGAUUACGUGUUCUUGUUAGUAAUUUUGAAUUAAACCGUUAUGUGAAAAUGGCGCAUAUAAACUGUCGGGCCUAUGGGAAAGGUCCUAAUGAUGGAGAUGCUAAUUUUGUGCGUAAAUGGUUCAUUGGAAUGGAAUUCGAUCGUAAUACUAGCUCAUUGACUAGUACAAUUCAUAAUGCAAAUACUUCUAAUGAAAAACCUACACUUAAUGUAGACUUGAGUGAGAAUAUCAGCUCUUUUGAAAAAUCAAUUGAACGUGGCUUAUCAAGUGAAGAUUUAUCUGUGACUGUUAAAUAUGUUAAAAAAUCCCAAUUGGUCCACUUCAUUUCAGCAGAAGAUAUGGAAGAAAUCAAACGUCAGGCUGCUGCUGAAGCUUUAUCGAAUGUAAAUAGUUUGGAGAAUAAUAAGUCAUGUCGUAUACAUCCCAAUAAUAACAGUCUGUCAAGCACAAUGUCCAGUCCAGCAAGCUGUAUUGAGCUUUCUACACAUGAAGACGUCUCAUCACCUUCAAGUAUUCUAAAGAAUUCUGUUUCUUCCAGUUCUUUGAUUAACACAAGUGUUGCAAAUUUAUCAACCGAUGUGAAAUGUCCCCCUUCCUCUCCUAUAUCAACAUGCUCUAGUUUGGGUGAUACUCCAGCACCUGAGGUCCAAUUAAAUGGACCAGUCAAUGUUUCAGAUGAUCACGAAGAAGACGCCAAAUCAGAUAAACUUUUGUCACCUUCAGACCAAGUUUUGUGCAAUAAUACUAUCAAAUUAACAGAUCCUCCUGGUAGGCUAACACCAAAACGUUCUGGAUCAGUUGAUCGAAGUCCUGAAAUCUCCUCUGAAGUUCAUUCAGAUUGUAGGAGUACUGCUGAAAAACUGCAUGAUUCAGAAGACUUUAGAAAACGUGCUCGUAUAUCUUCUGAAAAUCCACGAACUGUUGUUUUCACUUCUUCUGCCCAGUAAUAUCAAUAAUGGUUAAUGUGAAUGAAAGAAAGGAGAAAAAAAAACUUUAUAAAAUUCCCCUGUAAUUAUUUCUAUCCCCAGUGUGUAUCGUCGGUUGGAUUGAACAUAACUUGUGUAUUCAUUUCGCUUAUUUACUGUUCACAACUUUUCGAUAACUCCUUUCGCUUGAUUGAUUGAUAGAUAUCUCCACAGUAAUUCAACUUCUCAAUGUUUGCAUUUAUACCGACUUUUUUUGUUUGUUUGUUUGCUAUUUCUUAUCAUGAAUAACGCACUUCUUCCGUAUUCCGUUCAUUUUGAUUAACGGUUUUUACCUGUUUUUGCUCGGAGGAGAAGGAGAAAGAAGAGAAGAUCACCAGUAUCACCGUCAUUAUCAUUAUCAUCAUUACUACUUCACUAAAAGUAUGAAAACUCUUCAAAAGGUGUGGAAUUUUUUUUUCCUUAGACAAACAGCACAAAAAGGCAGAUUAGGAUAUCUCAAUUCUCAGUGAAGCUGGCAUGGUUGCUGAGAUCUACUUUUGUUUUCAUGCUUGUAUGAUACGUGUACUGCUUGCAUGAAAUCAUUCGUAUGUCUGUGUGGUUCUGGCCAAAUUUUUGUAUGCACUGUUGUGUGUGUGUGUGUGUAUGCUUGUUUGUUUGGCUGUGUUCUGCGGCAAAUUGUUUAUCUUCAGGUUUGUUUGUUCUUUCUUCAUUUGUCUCACUUAACCUUUACACUUUCCUCACUUACCUCGUUUGUCACACAUACUCACAUGCUCCACUCCUUUACUUUCUCACUUUAAAUCGGGUCUAUCAUAGUUUCAGUCUUUUCUAUUUUCAGCUUACUGUCUUAUUUUCUUAAUAUUCCUUCUGUUCGGUGUUUCUUGUUGGGUUUUUUCACAAAUUCCGUGUGUAAUUCCUUAAAAUAUAGAUACAUUUCUUAGUCGCGC